AUGGCGAUCAUAUUCGAAGAUCAACUCGACCGUCUCAAAGGAGGGGAAUCAUUAGAAUUCGCCCACGCCCGCGCUGAGAUACUUAGAUCAGCCUACGAUUCAUACAUCGAGUCUGCCCACGCUCGCCAAUUCGCACCUCCUCCCUCUAUCUUGCAGCUCAUUGCAUCCCCGGACAUUGCAGUCAAACUGUCACGCUGCAGGAAGUCAGGCGCAGCGAUCGACCUGACUAUUGCCAAGAAGUCGGAUGCAUCCUACGAAAACUUCAUGGGAUACUGCAAAGAGCAUAGAUGCGUGGUCUUCAAAGGCGAAACGGGACUCUUUUAUGAUUUCGUAGACUUUGUUGAGUCGGCUGCCGCGAAGCAUGGCAUCAACGACACAACAGCUGUCUUGAGGGCUCCAGAUAAGAUUCGUAUUCCUUUCGGAGGGCUGAAAUAUGGGCUCGAAUAUGAACAGUUCGUCGAUCUUGUUGAAGUGCUCCAGUGCGCUAUGUGGAUUAGAACUUCACCAAGCGAACAAGAACAGGCGGGCAAAAGCUUUAUCAAAAUCGCCACAGAUUCGCGAACUCCCCCACCCAGUACUCCCGAAUACGUACCAUCUUCGCCAUCUGAUACUCUCAUAACAAACGGGACUAUUCUCGAACACCCUGAUGUGCCUAGCCAGAGCUUGAGCGACAGCGACAGUCCCUUGUCUUCUUGCGGAUCGUCUAUUUCUACACCUCCGCUUUUCCGCGAUAUGCCUUCGAUUUGCUCAGAUGAUUCGAGUUCGGAUGAUUCGAGUGAAUUAUCUGACCCCCCGAUGGUUAUCAACACGCCACCAUGGUUGAGAUUUGUUUUCGAUGAAUAA